AAAUCACCUCACUCACUAAAAAAAAUCUAGAGAUAGUGCCAUGGCCACACGUUCAUAAGAAAAAGAAAAAAAAAAGAGAGAGUGAAACCAGUAAUAGAGUAAGGAAAAACUUGGCGAAAGAGUGAGAAUAAUCAACAUUCAUCAUCAUCAUCAUCUAGAAAUGGCCACUAUAUCAUCAUCUUUGCCAACAAAUAAUAAAACCAUUUUCUCAGUAUCAGCAAGACCAUACUUUCUUGUUCCUUCUUCUUCUUCUUCUCUUCCUUUCAUUUCCACAGCAACUAUCAUCCAUUUCCACAAUCAUUCACGUGUCAAUAAGCUUCACCUUCGGCAACGGUUUAGUUCUGUUACAAAAUUGUGUGUGGUUCCACUGCCAACAACAACUGAAUGGGUUCAACAAGAUCUUCCACCACCCCUUACUUCAACUUCACCUUCACCUUCUUUAUUCGAUGGAACUACCAGAUUGUAUAUCUCCUACAAAUGUCCCUACGCACAGCGUGUAUGGAUCACACGUAACACUAAGGGAUUACAGGAAAAGAUACAGUUAGUUCCCAUUGAUUUACAAGACAGACCUUCCUGGUAUAAGGACAAACUCUACCCACCAAACAAGGUUCCAUCUCUUGAACAUAACAAUGAAGUUAGAGGAGAGAGUCUUGAUCUGAUCAAAUAUAUUGACACUCACUUUGAAGGACCUUCCCUUUUUCCUAAUGGUUCUCCUGAUAAGGAAUUUGCUGACGAAAUGAUAUCUUACACAGAUACCUUUUCCAAGACAGUUGUUUCUUCUUUUAAAGGAGAUGUAACUGAGGCUGGCACUGCUUUUGAUUACCUUGAGAAUGUUCUAUCCAAGUAUGAUCAUGGACCUUUCUUCCUUGGCCAAUUCAGUUUGGUAGAUAUAGCAUAUGCUCCUUUUAUUGAAAGAUUUCAACCUUUUCUAAUGGAUGUGAAAAAUUAUGACAUUACAUUGGGCAGACCUAAACUGGCAGCAUGGAUCGAGGGAAUAAACAACAUUGAAGGCUACAAAAUAACCCGUUCUGAUCCCAGAGAGCUUGUAGAAAGCUACAAGAAGCGCUUCCAGGUCAAUACAUGAAUACAAUGUUUGGCAUCAUAGUACGAGUCAAGAGUAUCAAGAUUGAUCAGAAAAACAGUGUCUAAGUGAUAGUAAAUUUCAAGAUUGUUUAGAAGAUCAGAAAAUCAAGAUUGUUAGGACAUUUGUAGUAGUAAAUUUCACUGAAUAAUGAAAGUUUGUCUGAAUUAUUUGAGUUGAUCUACUAGCAUACUGAUAGAACAACUACUAUUGGGCCUGUUACUAAUGAAAGGCCCAAUCCUGUUGUAUGGAGAGUCUAUGUUCCCAGGGGUAAGAAAGUGGGGAACAAUUCUGUUAGUGACGUGGCAAAGGAAAUCCCUGAUUCUUAGGAAGGUUGUUAGUAGUGGGAGAUAUAUGGGAGAGGGUGGUGUUUGUUAGGGUACGCACGAUUAUUGCUGUCAUUUGUAUUAGGAGAUUGUAUUCUCAGGAGGAGCUCUGCUCUGGUUAUACACUUUAGCUAUUUACCUUUCCAUCAAGUAAUACAAAAAGACAAUUCAUUUCA